AUGCCGGCCAGCAGCCACCCGUCGUCGCCGGCGUCCCCGCUGGAGGACGGCAACCUGCUACGCGAGAUCCUUCUCCGCCUUCCCCCGGAUCCCUCCUCGCUCCCGCGCGCAUCCCUCGCUUGCACGCGCUGGCGCGACCACGUCGCCGACCCGGGAUUCCGCCGCCGCUUCCGCCUCCACCACCGCCGCAACCCUCCCCUCCUCGGCUUCUUCGACGGGUGCGGAAGCCUGGACUUCCUGCCGACGCUGGAGGCACCCGACCGCGUCGCUCCCGAGCGCUUCUCCUUGAAGCACGACGAGGGCGACGGCGUUCGCAGGCCGCUCGGAUGCCGCCAUGGACUGAUGCUCAUCUUGGUCCCGAAGCCUCUCCAGGUAAUCGUGUGGGACCCCGUCACCGGCGACCUGCACCGCCUCGACGUUCCGCCAGGGCUGACGACGAAUGAGUGCUAUGAGAGCGUGAUCAAUGGGGCGGUGCUUCGCACUGCCUCCGAAGACGCCAAGCACUUCCAGGUGGUCAUGGUGGCGGCAGACGGCGACGAGGUGCAAAACCGACGAGCAGUCGCCUGCGUCUACUCGUCGGAGACCGGCGCAUGGGGAAGGUUCAUCACAACACCCAUUCCAUACGAUGCUGAUGCUCAUGCGAGCUGUUUAUUUCGGAGGUUUUCCACCAGCAUUUACAUAGAUCAUGCUGUGCUGGCUGGAGAUUCCCUUUACUGGCAGCUCAUUGGGAAUUACGAAGGAAUUCUCCAGUUUGAUUUGGAGAGGCAGAGGCUGGAUGUAAUGCCGGUGCCGGUGCCUAUCUAUAGCAAGGGCAACUACUUCAAGCUUAUGCCGGCCGAGGGUGGUGGUGGGAUAGGUUUCCUGUUCAUGUUCAAUUCAAACUACAUUGCCCAAUUAUGGAGGAGGAAGACCGAUUCCGAUGGUGUUGCCUCAUGGGUGAUUGCAAGAUCUAUCGAACUCGACAAGGUACUUUCGCUCAAUUCAGAGAAGGAGGAGAACAUGAGGAUAGUAGGGUUUGCAGAGGACAACAACGUGGUACUCGUGGAUAUGCUGAGUGGAUUCUUUAUGAUCCAACUCGACUCACUGCUGUUCAAGAAGCUUCCCCGACCCAAGACGGUGUCCUCCCUUCAUGAUUUCCCCCUUCAUGCAUUAGAAAGCGUCUACACUGCUGAAACACGCAUUGGUGGUGGACAUGAUGGAGCUGAUCUUUUGCCCAAUACAUAA